GCAGCCUUACGUCAGCCUCUAAGGCAUCGGGGGGGGGGUCCGGGUCGCAGCCUCAGCCUGUCAUCCUGUGGGCCAUCCACCUAUUUUAAAGAUGGCUGAUUUAGCUCAUUUAACGUUUCGAGUUUAAGGUAUCACGGGCAACCUUCACAUAGGAGGCCGCGACCCCGGAGAAGGCCGCUGCUGCGUCCUUCUGUCAGCGCGGCCGUAACGUCAGUCACGCACUGACAGAUAUGUCUGCGACUAUCGCACAAGACGCAGCUGGGAAAAAGAAGCACGUUCGAUUCGCCAGCAUGCAGGACGAAGACGACAACGACGAUCAGGAGGAGGACACCCUGUUUGACAAGCGGAAGGACGUCGGACGGGGGCUGAAGAGUGCGCUGAAUGCGGCCAAGAGGACGGCGAAGCCGGGAUGCGACGAACGGGUGGAAGUGGUCGGCGGCGGGAGACCCGGAUCCGGCGCGUGCGGCCGCUGGAUGGUCUCCCUCGCGCUCUGUGCAUCGUUCCUGGGCUUGGGGAUGAGCAUCGCAGUGCUUGGCCCCACGCUGGAGGACCUGGCGGUGAACGUGAAACAGAACAUCAGCAACAUCUCCUACAUCUUCGUGGGCCGCUCUGCAGGAUACAUGGGAGGAUCCCUUUUAGGAGGACUUCUCAUCGACUGCAUGAACCCAAACGUCCUGUUAGGUUUCUCGAUGCUGCUCACAGGUUUUGGAAUGUGUGCCAUUCCUUUCUGCAAACACGCUCUGCUCCUCACCGUCUUCAUGUCCAGCAUCGGCGUCUCUAUGGGUAUUCUAGAUACAGGUGGGAACGUGCUCAUACUGAACACGUGGGGCAAGCAGGCGGGCCCCCACCUGCAGGCUCUGCACUUCAGUUUUGCAGCCGGCGCGUUUGUGGCGCCAAUCAUCGCCAAGCUGCUGUUUGGACACGAAGAGAACAGCACGAGACCCAUCUACAGCAACGCCACAGCUCCUGCUGUGACAGUGACAGUCACAGACAGUCACACCAUUCUGAGGAGCAUCCCCAUCAGCACCCACAACUCCAUGUGGGCCUACGUCAUGAUCAGCUUGUUUGUCUUCGUCAGCGCACUCAUCUUCUUUGUCCUCUACGAUCGCGUUAGCUCAUCAAGUGACAAAGCUCACGCAUCGUCAGGGAAGCCCCUGGUGGCCAAGCACCACAUGGCCCUUGUGGUCCUGCUCUUUUUUUUCUUCUUCGCGUAUGUUGGUGCCGAGGUGGCUUACGGCUCCUUCAUCUUCACCUUUGCCAAGAACUAUGCUCUCAUGUCCGAGUCCCAUGCAGCGGGGCUGAACUCCGUGUUCUGGGGAACUUUUGCUGCUUGUCGGGGUCUUGCCAUCAUCUUGGCAAACUUUAUCUACCCAGGCACCAUGAUUCUUCUGAGCCUUGUGGGCUCCACGGUCUCCUCUCUGAUUCUGUGCCUCUUCAGCAGGGAGAGCGUGGCUCUGUGGAUAUGCACUGCUCUCUACGGGGCGUCCAUGGCCACCAUCUUCCCCAGCGGCAUUGCUUGGGCGGAGCAGUACACCACAGUGACAGGCCGAACGGCCUCCAUAUUUGUCGUUGGCGCAGCGCUGGGCGAGAUGGUGAUGCCCGCUCUUUUAGGCUUUUUGCUGGGGCCGUUCCAUGAUCACCCUCUACUAAUGUACCUGUCACUCAUCACUGCCACCUUCACCUCCAUUCUCUUCCCCGUCAUGUACAAGCUGGCCUCAGCCCCCAGCAGCCAAAGCAGAAAGCCUCGCAUCAGGGGCAAACCUGAUGCAGAUGACAGCGAAUACCGGCAGGCGCUGCUGGACUCGGGAGCCAAUGAAGAGGAGGAGGAGGAGGAGCUGGACACUGAGGCUGAUCAGUGUAAGGAUGCAGACUUUGAGGUCAUUGAGAUGGACGACACCAGUGGAUUUGGCUCCCCUUCUACAGCGUCCUCCCCUCCUGAUGUCAGCUCCCCUGCCUCUAACACUGAGCGGCCAGAGCCUCCAGGAGGAGCCGCCUCCCAGGACGACUCCCCCAGUGGCAAACUGCUGCUCUCACUGGAGCAGAAGGAAGACUGAAACAUGAUCCUCAUAUGACUCCCAAGUGCUGUUGAUCUGACUAAAUGCUAGAAGAGCCACGCCUCAACUUGUCUCUGUUAAGUUAUUGUUGUGUCCAAUGUUUGUGUUGUUCUGAUCAUUUACUAUACAGUGAACCACUGGAUACAGUUUAAUCAUGUGCAGAUUUCAACACUUCUCUGCAUCUUCUGGUUUGAGCCUUUAUGGAUGCGAGUGAGUCUGCAGGGAUCCCAGGUUUUCCUCUUGUCAAAAUGUAAAACGCUCAGCUGGCAGGAAUUCAGUGCCUUGAUCAAGGACACACAAGCAUAGUGAGUGAUUCGGUCAUCAUGAUGCCAAUAACUGUGUGUCAGAUGUGCAUGUGCUAUAAUGUAUAUUCUUGUGCUAUAAUGAAUCAUGUGAUUUGUCAGUGAUUCAACUUUGGACUUUUGUUUUUAAAACAGAAUUACUGAAAGAUUAA